GUCUCCAACGGGAACCUCUUAGCCAUCAUGAACCGACACUACCAGGCUCUCACAUGCCUCGGCUUUACUGACGACAGCAGCCACUUUCUCUCAGGGGCAAAGGACUGUCUGGCCCUGGUGUGGAACCUGUACAGCGUGCUGCAGGCAGAGCCCUCCCAGAUCCCCGACCCACGCCACGUGUGGUCCCGACACAGCCUCCCCAUCACAGACUUGUGCUGUGGUUUUGGGGGGCCCUUGGCACGAGCUGCCACAGCCUCCCUGGACCAGACAGCGAAGCUCUGGGAAGUCUCAUCUGGGGAGCUCCUGCUUUCUGUCCUCUUCGAUGUGGGCAUCAUGGCUGUGACUCUGGAUCUCUCCGAGUACCACAUGUUCUGCGGUGGCAUGGAUGGAUCCAUCUUCCAGGUUGACCUCUGCGCCUGGCCAGUCCAGAGAGACCGGAGCUUCCAGACAGAGCGGGAGAAUGGGAAGGUCUUCAAAGGGCACAGGAACCAGGUGACGUGUCUGUCGGUGUCCACGGAUGGCAGCCUCCUGCUUUCCGGCUCGCACGAUGAAACAGUCCGGCUGUGGGACAUCCAGAGCAAGCAGUGCCUGAAGACAAUGAAUCACAAAGGUCCGGUUACAAACGCCUUCAUCGUGCUGGCCCCAGCCAACAUGCUCAACCCCGACGGGAAGCCCAACGCGCCCCUGCCCCGCUUCAGCAAACACCUCCACGGUACCGAGAGCAGCGACGAGCAGGGCAGCGAGGGGGUGACGCUGCGCCUGGGCCUCCACCAGCAGGAGGCUGGAGAGAGCUACCUGGAGAAGGCCAGGAAGACCUACUCGCAGAUGUACUCGACAAGGGAAAAG